CAUUACUACUUGAAGCAUUAUCGUGAAGUGUGGGAUUGUCUUUGGAAAUGUCGUGAUCAUAAAAAUCCUGACACUAGUAAUGUUGAUCAAAAUCAAGAGGUAGAAUCAAAGGAUCAGUUGACAAAAGAUCUUUCUAUCGCUGUUCGAGGUGUCGGGUAUUUUGCUGCUCCGGCAAAAAAAUUUAUGGAAGAAGGCACAUUACAACAACUAUUCCAGGAUCUGCUUAAACCAAGUGCAUGGGUAGUUUCAAGUAUGGAUUAUAAAGAUACUUCUCUGAAUGUUCAACAAAUACCAUUAUUCAUUGAAGCGUAUUGUUAUAUCGGGCAUGAAUUUGAUGUUAUUUUCGAUGAACUGAUGGAGGUUAUUGAACGUGAAGUGGGAUUAAUGCUUAUGUAUUACCCACGUUUAAUAUCCGAAUUACGUCUUAGAAGUGCAAAUGCUUAUGAACAAUUAUUAUGGAUGUUAUACAUGAAAGGACGAGGUGUUUUGCAAAAAUUUGUUGCCAAAACAUAUGCAAUUCAACAUAAAAGUCAGGCUGAUAGUCAAGAAAAUGUUCCAGGAAUUAUUGAUACUGUCGCAGAACAUACUUAUCAAGAGAUGUUCAAUUUUUGGGAGCAUAUUUUUAAAGAUUCAACCUUAACUUGGGUUAUUCGCCAAAGUGGUCUUUCAUCUGAAGAACCUCAAAAUAAUGAUACUAUUAAAGAAUUUUUUUCUGUACUUUAUGAUGAGUUUCUGUCGACUGUAUUUCGCAUAAUUAGAACUUUAAAUUUUGAUGUUAUAGAUAUAGCAUCUAAUGAUACAACUCAAAUUAUUGAAUCUGGCUCUGACAAUGUUGAAAAAAAUACGGACUCUAAUUUAAUAGCAAUUGCUGGCUCUGGAGAUCUAGAUAAUUUAAAACCAGUUGUUUCUAAAGAUUUUAUGCUUUUUCAAAAUCUUGUAGAUUUCUGGAAAUUAUUUUUACCAAGGACCGCGAUUCACAGCAUGCAUGAUCAAUUAUCACCUUCCGCAACAUCAUUGCAACGCGCAAGUUACUUUCUUUUUACAAAAUUCCUCAAAGAAGUUUGCGUUCGACUUGAUCAAUAUAAAGAUGAUCUACUUGCUUCAUGCCUUGAUCUCGUUCUUUCGGCUCCUAGAGAGCUUUGUCAUUCGGAUAUUCUUAUUUCACCAAUACGUAUUGCUUUGAAAUUGGGACAAAGUUAUCAACCACUUGCAAAUAUUGGUUUAAAUGCAAUUGAAAAGUUAUUGGAUAUGAAAGAAUCUCAAAAUAUUAAUAAAUUACUUGGGCAAAUAUUACCACUUUUAAAUGAUUAUUUGUUGGUUACUGCCGACACUAUAGAUAAUUCUCUUAAAGAAAUUGCUCAAGUUCGUGCUGAUGCACAAUCAUUGACACGUGGAGCUAAGACUGUAGAGAAAGCUAGAAAACAGAAAAUAAGAGAUGUGGAUAAACAUAAAAGAAGUACUACUAUUGGGGUUGGUCAUUUAAAGAAAAAUGCUGGAUUACAUAAUUUACAAGUACGCGUUCUUCGAAUACUUGGAAGACUCGGUGGAACCAAUAAAUUGAUUUUCGAACGUAUUGUUGAUAAUGAAGUAAUAAAUCGAACAAAUCAACAACAAAAUAUUUAUGGCUUUAAAGAUCAAAAUUCUUCAAAUAAUCUUUUGGCUUGGGAUCCAGAUAAAAAAUUAACCUUUAAUAUUCCAUAUCCGGAUACCAAUGUGGAAAUUUCAAUCGAUCAAGUUCCAAGAAAACUAUUUCGUCGUCUUGUAGCACAAAUGAUACAUUGGUUUACAAACAAUGCACAAUAUGAAAACCCGGAAACUAUCGCACUAUUACAAUGCUGUCUUGAUGCUAUAUGUGAUACUUGGGGUUCAUUGCGAGAUUAUGGUGCUGAAUGCCUUAACGAAUUCUUAUUAUGGUCAAUUAAACAAUCAUCAGCUCAGCAAAUGGAUGAAAAUCCUAUGAAUAUUAAGUCAUUAUUGAAGCGUUUAUAUAAUCUUUCUGCUCAUCCUGAUUAUACUAAGCGUCUUGGUGCUUCACUUGCUGUUAAUCAUAUAUAUCGUGUAUACCGUGAAGAAGAGCCAUUGAUUGAUCUAUUCACAUUUGAAUUAUUAUAUUGGCUUUUAUUCAACUUGAAACUUUCUGAUCAAGAUCAAGAUGCUAUUGGUACACGACAACAAGCUAUCUCUGCGAUUAGACAUUUGAAAAAAAUAAUUAUUGUUAGAUCAGAUCUGUUUAUAAAUGAAACAGAUACUCGGCGCAAAUUUCCUAAUCUUGAUAAAGCUGAUUUAUCGUCUUUGGUUAAAUGGCUAUUCAAUGAAACUUGUAAACUAGAACGUGAUUAUGCAAACAUGUGUAGAGAAUUAUUUUCUGAAUUUGUGGUAUUACUAACAGUUUUCCAACAAGCCAUUGACUAUUUUUUAGAAAGAAUGGUGUUAAAUGUUGAUUCUAGUCAUUCACAUGAUAUAAUGGAUGUUGAUGAUGAAAGUAGUUUUAGUUCAUUUAUUAGUUCGGAAAAUAUUUUAACACCUGGAGAAAGAUUACAAUGGUUAAAUCGUGAAGCACGAAUGAUUGAUCGUUUAAUAGAUUUUGUUAUUGCUAUACUUGAAUAUACAAACAAUAAUGAUAUGCAAAAUGUAUGGAAUACAAACAUUUUCAGUAAUCCAUUUUUUAAGACAAUGGCCAGAUCUUUAUUUUAUUUCGAAAGUUUGGGAUUGAAUUUAUUAUAUAGUGGUGGAAAUGAACGUGAUAAAUUUACAAAAAAAUUGGAAAAUUUACUGGCUUUGUGGAAAAAACGAUCAAAUCCUGAUGAUACUCAACUGACUCAAAUGAUUAAAGAAAUUGCCGAUAUUGCAUUUUCAAAUGAUGUUGAUUUACUUUGUAUUGAAAUUGAAAAUUACAUCCAUAUUACGAAUGGUUUUAAAAUUCUAACUACGACAGAGAUUUUCCCAGAACUGUUUGCUUAUAUACCAUCAAAUUUAAUUCGUCAUAGUACUCUACAUGGGUAUACGAUUUUAAUAUGGGAAAAAUUCAAGUCUCUCAAAAAUGUUCAAGAGCCUGUUUGGAUUGACCUUGCAACAAUGGUGCGAUCUAGUAGUGUUAGCCUUUUUAAAAUUUUAGUUCCUAUCUUUGUCCGCGAAAAUGAUCAUAUUUAUUGUGAAGAGUUUUAUCGAAAAUUGGGUGAAUUUGUUUCUAAACUUCCUCGUUCUAAAUUUGUUGAAACCUUGGAAAUAGCUUUCGGUCCUAUAUUAAUGCAAGGAACCAAGAUCUUUGUAGUGGAAUUUUACAAAAGACAUAUUAAAGAGUUAAUUAAUAUUAUUGAACAGAAUACACAUCCAAGAACUGACUCUGAAAUAAUUUAUGAACUUGAUGCAAAAGCUGGAUCGUUUACUUUAUUACAAAUAUCCUUUAUUGAUGAAUAUUCAAGUGAAUCAGUUAUAGAAGCUAAAUUUCUACUCAGAUGUGCUGCUUAUAAUGCUCUUUCAGCUGCUAUUUUAUGCACGCAAGAUAAUACUGCCAAAAAUACUCCAGUUUUCUAUAAGACAUUUUUAUUUGCUGAUAAUAUUAUUAAAGGAGAAUUUGUGUGGGAGAAUAUCGUUGAUUUAAAGAAUGCCAAUCUUGAUAGCAUGAUAGAAGAAAUUACUCAAGAAUUUGAUGCAAAUGUACAAAUAGAAAAUAAUGAUGAUCCGACUCCGGCUCCAAUGGAAGUUGAUGAGCCAGAAAAGACUUUGGAAUUAGAGAUUGACGCGUUUAAUCGUAAUCCUUGUAUGAAAAUGAUUAUCAGAGUAAUUGAACGACUUCAUACUGAAAUUACACCACCGAACAAAACACACAUCAAUAUACGCCUAUUUAUUGCUAAGAUGAUUAUUAAUAUUCCUGAAGCGUUUGAGAACUAUGCUUCAAUUUGGAUUCGGCCAUUAAUCCAAUUGAUAAUUGAAGGGGAUAUUUCAGAUGAAAACAAAAUUAUUGCUGGUUUACAAUUAUUUGGAAUCGCAUUAACACAUGACAAGUCCCUGUUUCAACAAGAAGCUGGGAUUGACUUUGGCUCUUUGACAGAAGAUAAAUUUUAUUGGGAUCUCACUAGAAAGUUAGAUCAUGAAAAAACCAAUAUACGUUCUCUUGCUGCCGAAGUCACCACUUUAUACAAAAAAAUUACAAAUCAACCAACAGAUCUUAAUACAUUUCUUACUUGCAUACAUCAUAUUUCGAUGCAUGAUCGACCUACAUCAGAGAAAUUUUUAAAAUAUGCUUUCAAUCUUUUACCACGAUUAAAUAGUCUUAAUGUUAAGAAAAUUCUUGCUUUGGAGGUCAUUUCAUAUUGCGCUGAUAGUGAUCCAGAUUUGCUUACAAAUUUGGGAAAAAAUCAGCUUCUUGCUUUACUUAGACAUAGGAGUGUUAAUGAACAAUUAGUAGCAUUACGAAUUUUAAAUGGUGUACUACUCCAGGGAGAUGAAACUUUAAUAGAUUAUUUCUUGGACCCAUUAAUUGAAAGAUUAGCAGAUUUAGAUGAAAAUAUACAAAAAACAUUGACGGAAUUUUGGAAAGAUCAACAAGAACUUUCUCGUGAUACGUUUACUUUACUAAAAGAACUUGUUGGCAUCGACUAUAAAAAACCUAUAUUUGAUCAACCUUUACCUCAAUCCAAAUUUGAUGAUAAUUAUGACAACAUCGAUACAUCAUGGCGAAACCUACGAAGACGAUUUUUACCUACAUACUCUGGAACUCAACAAGAAUAUUAUAAAAAUUUAGCAUAUACAAAGAAAAAGAGAAACGAAAUAUAUGGUUCAAUGAGAUCAGAUAAUGUUUCGAAACAAGUUUCAAUGUUGCGUCAAUAUCGAGUUGGUGAACUUCCUGACAUAGAGAUUAAACAUAAUGACAUUAUCGGCCCAUUACAAGCUUUGGCGCAUAGGGACUUGGAUAUUUCUCGCAUUUUGUUUUCUACAUUGUUUGUUUCUAUUUAUGACGCCACUAAAGAUGAUACGAGCAUGGAUAUUAACGAACAAAAUGAUUACACAAAUUCGAUGUCUCAAAAUAUCCAAACCAUUUUCAACGCAACUACAUCAUAUUUUCCACCUUUAAUUAGUAGUUGUCUACGAAUAUGUUAUGAAAUUCAUGAUAUCAAAAUUGACCCUUUAGCAAUUCGGAGGGCUAGUGAAAUGAGCUCGACAGAGUCAAUGGGUAUAGGGUUAAUUGAACAACAUUUGACACGGAUCACUAUUCAAAGGGGUGAUUACGCUUCAGCGUGUGAAUUUUAUUUGCAAGCAUUAAGUGAGGUAGAAGAUGCUGAUGAUGCUGAGGUCACAAUUUGGGAAGAAGGAAGAUUUGAAUGUUUCGAAAAAUUAUCAAAAUGGGACGACUUGGCCGAAACUGUGUACGUGGAUAUUGAUUCAGAUUUAGAUAAGCUUUGGGAUCAAGACUUUCAGAUUGUUGAAAUGGAAGAAUAUUUGAAUUUGUCUCAGUCAUCUGAGGAACCAGAAAAAUGGGAAAAACUGAUUAGUCAUUGGAAAAACAGGUAUCCAUCAAAACGACUUGAUCCUAGCAAUAGUUGGGAUGAUAUAAUAACAAGUCGUCACUCGCUACUUGGUGCUAUGAUGAAAUUAUUACAAGAAGAUAUGCAUAUUAAAAAUUCACUGGAACGUGAUGGUUUACUUAAAAUGGCUUCUGCAGCAAGAGUUCAAGGAAAUUUUGAAGUUGCCCGGGUUUGUCUCAACAAAACAAGGCAAUCUAAGCUUUAUGAUACAAAUGAAUUGGCUUAUCAUCAAUUGAAACUUAAUCUUCAAGAAGCUUUGACCACCGUUAACAUUGAAAAAAAAUUAAGUAUCUUGGUGGCAAUGACUGAUGAAUUUAAGAAAAUUAUGGAUGUAGAAACUAAUAUGAAAAAUCGCGUGAUAGAAAGCGAUACGUAUGCAACGUUAGCAGCCAUACUUGAUAAUAACGAAAAUCGAGAUUUAGCACGUUCUAUUCAACAUCGUAAAGCACAUUUUAUCGUUGACGGUUAUAAUCUUUUAAAAGAUGCUGCCGAGGAAGCUGUUUCACACCUGAAGCCUGUGAACCGAGCUAAAAUAUUUGUCAAAUUUGCAAAGUUCUGCGAUUAUUACUUGCGAAAUUUGGAAUCGACCGAUGGGGACCAAAGAAGGGUAUCAUCGUUUGGCCCCGUAUGGAAAUUUAUUCGUUGGAUUCCUCAGAUUGUUGCCAUUUUAGACAAACCUAUUGCACAAUGUGUUUUUCCAAUAUUGUACAAUCUCGCGGAGCAAUAUCCAAAAAGCCUAUAUUACCCAUUAAGAAUUAGCAGUGAACAUUACAAUUUUGAUGAAAAAUCUAAAGAGUCGGAAAUUAACAAGUCAAGAAUUCAAAAUCUUAAGCAAUUAAUAAAAUGUGAAAUAACUGAUACUUUAAUUGCUGAAUUGCAAAGACUUAUUGACCCGGAAGUUCACUUUGGGAAUUGGAUUCAGACAGUUUUUGAAAUUGAAAUACCAGGCCAAUACGAUGGAUUAAGCAUUCCAGAUCCUAGUCGACAUAUAAAGAUUGCUUAUUUUGAUCCCAAAGUUUUGGUCUUAAAGUCUUUAAGAAAGCCUAAAAAAAUUGUUAUAAUUGGAGCAGAUGGCAAAGAAUACCCCUUUUUAGUGAAAGGAGGAGAAGAUUUACGAUUAGAUCAAAGAGUUCAGCAAUUAUUCACAGUUAUGAAUGAGCUAAUGCGCAAGGAUUACUUUUGCUCUCAGCGCAUAAUUGAAUGGGUAAAUGAUACUAAACCAUUACGAUCAUUCAUUGAGAAAGAACUUUCCGAUGCUUCAGACAUUGAUAAUACUCAAAGUGAACAUAUCAAUUGGGUGGCUAAAUAUAAUGAUAACAUUUUAGAAAAUGCAGAAAGUAGUGAAUUUGAUGAAAGUUCUCAAACAUCUGAAUGGUAUCCACGCCAAAAAUUGGAUAUUGCUAGACGCAAACUUGAGAAUCUUGUUUGUGAAGAGUUGUCGUUUGGUCAUUCAAAGAAAGUGUUUUUUGAAAAUAUCCAAAAAAUUGCUAAAGGAGAUCGGGAACAUAAUAUUAGGGCUCGUGUAUCACAAAAAUGUGGUAGCAUUAAAGAACAAGAACGUAUUAUUAAGCAAGCUGAUAAUUAA